AUGGAACGCCAUAGAAACAUCUCAGAAUUCAUUCUUCUUGGACUUUCCUACGGACACAACACACAACUAUUUUGUUUUGUGCUCUUUUUACUCUGCUAUAUCAUCCUGUUGGCAGGAAACUUUCUGAUUCUGAUCUCUGUCCAAUGCAGCCCACUUUUUAACCAGCCAAUGUACUAUUUCCUCAUCCAUUUGUCCUCAAUUGACAUAUGCUAUACCUGCACAGUCACACCUAAAUUUAUUGGAGAUCUACUAGUGGAAAGAAAAACCAUUUCCUACAGCAGCUGCAUAACACAGGUCUUUACUAUGCACUUCUUUGGGGGUAUUGAGAUCUUCAUUCUUACUGUCAUGGCUUAUGAUCGCUAUGUUGCCAUCUGCAAACCCCUCCACUACAUGAUAAUUAUGAAUAGGACUAGGUGUAAUCUCCUAGUCCUAACGACCUGGGUAGGUGCAGCAGUCCAUGCCUUUCCUCUUCUCAUAAUAGCAAUCAAUUUACCCUUUUGUGGUCCAAAUGAAAUUGAUCAUUAUUUUUGUGAUAUCUUUCCUUUACUUCAGCUUGCCUGCACCGAUACUUAUAUCAGUGGAAUCCUCAUAAUUGCUUUUGCUGGUAUACUAUCCUUAGGAACCUUUGUGGUGUUAUUUCUCUCUUAUGGGGUUAUAUUAUUCACCUUAAGAAACCAAUCAAGAGAGGGAAAACGCAAAGCACUCUCUACUUGUGGGUCUCAUAUCACUGUGGUCGUUUUCUGUUUUGGUCCUGUCAUCUUUAUCUAUCUUAGACCUCCCACUACUUUCCCUGAAGACAAAAUAUUGGCACUAUUUUACACGAUCAUUACUCCAAUGUUCAACCCUCUAAUAUACACUCUGAGAAAUACUGAGAUGAAGAAUACAUUGAGGAAAAUUUGGUGUCAGGCAUUACCUUCAAAAGGGUCAAACAAAUAG